AUGCCGACGGAGGUUGCGAAAGUUGCGAGUUUCCCCACGAACAACGAGCUGAUGGGGCAGCUCAUCGGCCACAGUGGUCGCCCCGCGAGCUCGGCGUCAGGGGGUUCGUCCGGUGCUGGCGCAAUGAACCGCCUUUUGACGUUUGUCGACGAUGACGGCGCGACCUCACCGACGUACGGCAUAAACGAGAACGGUGUCCUGGACGCCGCGCCUCGGGCGACCCGCAUUUCCUUCGACAUGAUUGGGGUGGUAGGGUUGUCGGAGGACAUGCUGGCGGAGCUGUACGAGGCGUUUGACGUGCGCCAGCGCGGCGGCGUGGAGCGUUCCGUGAUGCGUGAGAUGAUGAAAACCGGAUUCUCCAACUACGGUGCGCCGUGCGGCGACAAGGACAUUGAGCGCCUCUUUGAGCACGUCACGCCGUUCAGCGUCCGCCGCCGGCUGAAGGAGAGCGACGGCGAGGAGGAUGAUUUAAUGCCAUUCAACGAGUUUUGUGCCCUUUUUCUGUCCUGGCUGCGGCUCUAG